AUGUACCUAAUGUCGCAUGAUCUCAACUCACCUACUGGAAGAACACAACUCGGUCAUGAUCACUCAGGGUUAAAGGGUCAGGAUGCGGCUAGGGAAUACUGUGUACACCAAGAAGUGGUAUUGGAGGCCGAAUGGUGUGGGAAUGAAGUAGUUACGCGACCAGGUAUGGAUAUACAUACAAUAAUUCAGACAUCCCCAGGUGCCCAUUUCAUCAAAAGACUGCAAGUUGCCAGCGUUCUGCCAUGUUAA